ACAAAAUGAAACUAAAGCGAUAUUGUAAGUAGUGACGAAGAAGAAACGAAGAACACAGAAGCAGAAGAAGAAUGCUCCGAGCAACUGCGUUUCCGCCACCGUUCAAUUCGCCGCCGGUUCUCCCUCGCGCACACACGUGCCAUUCUCUUGCACCCGCACGUGUCGUUCAAUCUUCCCCUUCUUCCAUUUCGAGGUUCGAGUUUCGAGUAUUUCAACAACCCUGCGUGAAGAGCCUGCGCGCCGUGCGCGGUGGCGGGGUUGUUACAGCCGUCGCGAAGAAGAAAGGUCGCGGCGGAGUUGGUAUCGUGGGAGUCGACGAAGGUUUUGACGAGGAGGAGGAGGGUGAUGGUAUUGAAUACUAUGAUGAUGAUGAUGAUGAUGAAGAAGUAGAGGAAGGUGAAUUUGAUGAUGAUGGUGGUGAUGAUGGGGAAGAGGUGCUUCCGUUGGAGCAGAUGAAGCAAUGGUUUGACAAGAAGCCGAAGGGGUUUGGUGAAGGGAAAGUGUACGACACUUCUGUUGAGGAUAAGCUGCUCGAGGAAUUGCGCCAGAGUAGAGAAGCUCAAGCUGCUAAUUUGGAGAAGCUUAAAGCCAAUCCUGUCAAGCCUGCCUCCAACAAAAAUGCUCAAAACCAGAAAGAUGCUGAAGUUGUUCCACUUGGAGGUCGAGUGCUUUUGGCGAACCUGCCGAAGAAAAAGAACAUCCACAGGGACCUGAAAUCAGCUAUGCAAGGGGUUCCGGGCAUAAUAAAUAUAGCUCCAGCUGUUACUGGAAACAAGAAGACAAGGGAUCCUAUCUGCAAGGGUUUUGCUUUUGUUGAUUUUAAGGACAAAAAGGAUGCAGUUAGGUUUGUAGAGUUAUACACUGGGCAAACUCUAACUUUUGGCAAAAUUCAGAAGCAAAUAAAAUGCGAGGUUGUAAAUGCACAGUCUUCAUCUUCUUCUCCUGAGUUAAGCAAAAAUCUUGGUGCUCUUCCACGUCUCAUGGACUCUCCCUUUGAAGAAGAUUCAAAUGAGGAUUCUAAUAUGGAUGAUUCUGCCGUCAGUUCCUGGGAUGGGACUGAUUCAAAUGAUUUGGAUGAAGAACAGGAAAGUGAUGGAGAGAAUCAAGAGUAUGCCACUGCUUUGGAUGUGGAUUUCGAUGACAGUGUGGAAAUGACGAUUGAUUCUGAAACUAAUCCACUUCCAUCUGAACAGGGUACCAUAAACCCCACAGCUGAGCCUGAGAAGAAGUCAUCUGCUAAAUUUAGACAAGAGAGUGCACCCAAGAAAAAACUAAUUUCCAAAAAGAAAGUAAAAAAGGUUUUAGAAAUUCCUGGAUCAGCAAAAAGGUUGAAGAUCAAGGAGAAGGCUGUAUUAACUGAUGUUUUCUCCAAGUACGGAAAAAGAGCUGUUCUUGCUUCAAAGGAUAAUUAGUGAAUUGUUAAUGAUCAGAGAUUGUCAUUGUCUAAACUAAAAAACCAUGUUACCUGCUGGGGGACUUUUUAGUUGGCCUAGGUUCAUGCUAGUUUUUGAUUCAGUGUCCAAUCAAGUUGUAGCAUAGGAAGUAUUGUCCAAAAUUGUUAUACUACUAUCUCUCCUUAAUAUCAAGGCAUUCUUUCUCAGUA